AUGGAUUACAGAAGAAUUAAGGAUCAGGAUAAAGAACAUGAUGCAGUUCGUGAUGAUAUCGAGACCUCAAGAGGGAAACCCCAUUCAGUUACAGGAUCAGCUAAUAGUAUAGUCAUGUUGGGGGGCAGCUCCAGUGUCCAGUCUAAGUGGAAGCGCAAGUCUGCAGUAACACUUGCAUUGACUGUUCUCACGAGUUCACAAGCAAUUCUCAUUGUCUGGUCAAAGAGGGCUGGAAAGUACGAGUACAGCGUAACGACUGCAAAUUUUUUGGUAGAAGCUUUGAAAUGUGCUCUAUCACUUGCAGCAUUAACAAGAAUCUGGAGGAAUGAAGGUGUUACUGAGGAUAACAGGUUGAGUACGUCAUGGGAUGAAGUUAACGUUUUCCCCAUUCCUGCAGCUCUUUAUCUCAUCAAGAAUUUACUUCAGUAUUACAUCUUUGCAUAUGUAGAUGCCCCGGGUUAUCAAAUAUUGAAGAAUUUAAACAUUAUCAGUACAGGCAUUUUAUACCGUAUCAUUCUUAAGAAACAGUUGAGUGAGAUCCAAUGGGCGGCUUUCAUUUUGUUGUGUGCAGGAUGUACCACAGCACAACUAAACUCUAAUUCCGACCGGGUCUUGCAAACUCCUUUUGAAGGUUGGGUGAUGGCAAUUGUCAUGGCCCUUCUGAGUGGUUUUGCUGGAGUCUACACUGAGGCUAUCAUUAAAAAGCGGCCUUCAAGGAAUAUUAAUGUGCAGAACUUCUGGUUGUAUGUAUUUGGGAUGGCUUUCAAUGCUAUUGCCAUACUGGUUCAAGAUUUUGAUGCGGUCAUGAACAAGGGAUUCUUCCAUGGAUAUUCUUUAGUUACAGUUCUGAUGAUUUUGAAUCAUGCUUUGAGUGGUAUUGCAGUAUCAAUGGUCAUGAAGUAUGCUGACAACAUUGUGAAGAUUCCUCCCAAUGCUCCCAUGUUGCCUCCACAGUCGAUGGCAUCUGGUCUUUAUCUUUUCUUGCAGUACUCUGACAUUGAACAAACCAUGCAAGUACCAACCAGCUGCAUCAUGGCGGAGCAAGUGUAUUCUACAUCAGUUGCAAUGCUGCUGACAGCGGUGUUGUCUGUUUUCCUCUUUGGAUUUCAUUUGUCCCUUGCUUUCUUUCUUGGUUCCACUUCCGACCGGGUCUUGCAAACUCCUUUUGAAGGUUGGGUGAUGGCAAUUGUCAUGGCCCUUCUGAGUGGUUUUGCUGGAGUCUACACUGAGGCUAUCAUUAAAAAGCGGCCUUCGAGGAAUAUUAACGUGCAGAACUUCUGGUUGUAUGUAUUUGGGAUGGCUUUCAAUGCUAUUGCCAUACUGGUUCAAGAUUUUGAUGCAGUCAUGAACAAGGGAUUCUUCCAUGGAUAUUCUUUAGUUACAGUUCUCAUGAUUUUGAAUCAUGCUUUGAGGUACUUAUAUCCUUUAAUGCUGUCUUGGAUUGACUUGCCUAACUGGUAG